AUGGACGUGAAUGCUCUGCGAGAUCGUAUUCAGUCCACUCUCGAUGCCAAUGCGGACACUCGACGCCAGGCCGAGCUGGACCUCAAAUAUGCCGAGCAGAACAAUGCCGUUCAACUGUCUGCCGUCGUGUACCUGAAAAACCGCAUCAACCGCGGCUGGGCUCCUUCCGAGGACAACAACACCGCCCAAUACAAGAGAAUAUCCGACGACGAGCGUCCUGCUCUUAAAGACCGAUUGAUUCCCAUACUCGCCGCGUCGCCGGCCAACGUUCGCGCGCAGUUCAUCCCCAUCAUCACGAAGAUCCUGUCCUACGACUUCCCCGAAAAAUGGCCUGGGUUUAUGGACAUCACGCUGCAGCUGCUGGGCACCAACGAGGCGAACUCCGUUUUCUCGGGCCUCCAGUGUCUGCUGGCCAUUUGUAAAGUGUACAGGUUCAAGGCGAACGAGAAGCGCGGCGAUUUUGAUAAGAUUGUCGAACACUGUUUCCCGCAACUUUUGAAUAUUGGGAAUAGAUUGGUCGAUGAGGAGAGUAUUGAGGCUGCGGAGAUGCUGCAUACUGUUGUCAAGGCCUAUAAGCAUGCUAUUUAUUUCGACCUCCCGCCACACCUGAGGACUCACCAGGCUACCGUGGAUUGGUGCACUUUGUUCUUGAGAAUAGUAGCCAAGACACCCCCAGCCGUUUCAAUGCCAGAGGACCCAGAUGACCGAGAAAGCAACCAUUGGUGGAAGUGUAAGAAAUGGGCUUAUGGAAACCUGAAUCGCUUAUUUGUCAGAUAUGGCAACCCAACCACCAUUACGAAAAACACUGCAGCAGACAUAACUUCGUACGCAAAGUCAUUCAUUACCACAUUCGCACCAGAGAUAUUGAAAGGCUACUUGCAAGAGAUAGAGAAAUGGGUCAAGGGACAGUGGCUCAGCAAACCGGUCCUCUCUUACACUCUAAUCUUCCUCGAAGAAUGCGUGAAACCGAAAUCGACGUGGGAUCAUCUGAAGCCUCAUAUGGACAACCUCGUUGCGCACCUCGUCUUCCCCUUACUUUGCCAGUCCGAUGAAGAUCUUGAGCUCUUCGAGACCGAUCCCCCUGAAUAUCUCCACAGAAAAUUGAAUUACUACGAGGAAAUCUCAGCUCCUGAUGUCGCAGCUACCAACUUUUUGAUUUCUCUUACCAAGAGCCGCAAGAAGCAAACAUUCUCGAUCCUGCAAUUCGUCAAUGGCAUCGUCAGCAAAUACGAGUCCGCGUCGGACGAGGAGAAGCUUCCUAGAGAGAAAGAAGGAGCUUUGAGGAUGAUCGGUUCCUUGUCUUCGGUCAUUCUGGGCAAGAAGAGCCCCAUUGCUGACCAGGUGGAAUACUUCUUUGUCCGCCACGUUUUCCCCGAAUUCCGAAGCCCUCACGGUUUCCUCAGGGCUCGUGCUUGUGACACACUAGAGAAAUUUGAGCAGCUGGAUUUCAAGGACCCUUCAAACCUCAUGAUCAUCUACCGCAACAUUCUGGAGUCCAUGGCAGACUCUGAGCUGCCUGUCCGUGUUGAAGCCGCGCUUGCGUUGCAACCCCUGAUUCGACACGAUGCCAUCCGUGUGUCUAUGCAACAAAAUAUCCCUCAGAUCAUGCAGCAACUGCUCAAGCUAGCCAAUGAAGUUGAUGUCGACGCGCUAUCCAAUGUCAUGGAAGAUUUCGUCGAGGUGUUCUCUGCUGAGUUGACCCCCUUUGCAGUCGCUCUCAGUGAGCAGCUCCGCGAUACUUACAUGCGAAUUGUCGGCGAGCUCCUGGAACGCCAGGCUGUCAAAGGCGACGAAGAGGCAUACGGAGAUUUCCUUGAUGAUAAGAGCAUCACAGCUUUGGGUGUUUUACAGACUAUUGGAACCCUCAUUCUUACUCUGGAGAGCACACCUGAUGUUUUACUGCAUCUGGAGACUGUUCUGAUGCCUGUCAUCACCAUCACUCUGGAAAACAAACUCUACGAUUUGUAUAAUGAAAUAUUCGAAAUCAUCGACAGCUGCACAUUCUCCGCCAAGUCGAUCUCACCGACUAUGUGGCAGGCGUUUGAGCUGAUCCACAAAACAUUCAAAGCUGGAGCAGAGCUGUACUUAGAAGACAUGCUCCCUGCCUUGGAUAACUUCGUUUCAUAUGGUUCCGAAAUGCUGGUUCAGAACCCAGCCUAUCUCGGCGCGCUUGUUAGUAUGGUGGAGGACAUCUUCCACGAUGAAAAAGUUGGCGGCGUGGACAGGAUAUGUGGCUGCAAACUCGCAGAAGCAUUGAUGCUGAACCUGCGCGGAUAUAUUGAUCAAUAUAUCCCGAUCUUUGUCGAGCUGGCCAUGAACGUACUCAACAGCGGAGAUGCCAAAACCAAGUCAUAUCGAGUUCACCUGAUGGAAAUGGUUAUCAAUGCCGUCUACUACAACCCGUCCCUGACUCUGCAGGUUCUCGAGGUCAAGGGCUGGACGAACAAAUUUUUCAGUGCUUGGUUCUCGAAUAUCGAAAGCUUCCGACGUGUGCAUGACAAGAAGUUAUCUAUUGUAGCUAUUAGCUCUCUGUUGACUUUGAAAGCGGAAGAUGUUCCGGCCAGUGUGCAAGGGGGCUGGCCUAGAUUGUUGCAGGGAGUGACGAGACUGUUCCAUACUUUGCCUGCAGCUCUUCAACAUCGCGAGGCCGCGACGCGGGAAUCCGAUUAUACAUAUGACGACGAGGAUGACGAUGUCAUCGACGGCGACACCGAAUGGGACGGCGAGGUUGAGUGGAAUGAUCAAGAUGAGGCUGAAGGUGGAGGAGACGAUGACGUGGCUGAUGAAAGCGCUGCUUAUUUGGACUUCCUCAGUGCAGAGGCGCAGAAAUUCGGUUCUUUUGCCGACGAUGACGACGACGACUUGGAUGAAGAGAGUCUUCUUGAGACGCCUCUUGACAAGAUAGAGCCGUACGGACUCUUCAAGAGUGUGUUCCUUGGCCUACAACAAGAACAGCCUCAGUUAUAUGAGAGCUUGACCAAGGUACUCUCAGCUGAAGAACAGCAAAUUCUACAAUCCGUCUUUCAAGAGGCCGACAAAGUCGAUGCCGCCAUUGCCGCAAGUAUAGCGAAUGGUGGUAACUGA